AAACAACAAACAACAACAAAAAGAAAACCGAAUGUCCCUAUCAUCUUCCUUACCAUAUCCAGAAUCUCCACUCUCAAGCAACCUCCGCCCUUACUCUAUUUCCCUCUCUUGUUUUCUUUUCAGCCAAACAAACACUUUUGCUUGUUAAUUUCUUGCUCCAUUACUUUCACACCCUCCUUAACUUCUUCGUUUUUCCUUUGUUAUUAUUAUAUUUAUAUGUUCUUUUCUUCUCUUUGUCUCCUAAGUCCCUUCCUUCACUUUUAAAUAAACAAUAGAGAGAGAGGGAUGACUGGGUUGUUUCGAUCCAAAUCUUGCGGACUCGUCGGACUCACUGAGUUCAACGAUGCUCCUCCGAGUCCAUUCUUCCACCAAACCAAAACCAACAACGAAGAAGCCAAUGAAGAAGAAGAGGAGGAAGAAGAGGAGGAAGAGUUUGAAGAAGACGAAGAAGAAGAAAAUGAUUCUGAUGGAAACCCCAUUGCUACGACGCCGUUCAUAAGCCCGACGUCGAGAUUUCGUGGUAGUGAGGGGCGAAACAGUAAUUCGACAUCGAAAGACAAUAACCAGCUCCCGUUUCUAGAUAUUUUGGCGGCGUUGUUAAGGAAGUCGCUGGUCACGUGCAGCGUGGACACUAACGACGUGUCUUCCAUGGAUAUUAGCUGGCCAACUGAAGUCAGGCACGUCUCUCACGUGACAUUCGACCGCUUUAAUGGCUUCCUCGGCUUGCCUACUGAGCUCGAGCCUGAUGUUCCCCGAAGGGUUCCAAGUGCCAGUGCAAGUGUUUUUGGAGUUUCUGCCAAGUCAAUGCAGUGCUCUUAUGAUGACAGAGGAAACAGUGUGCCAACAAUUCUUCUUAUGAUGCAGAAACAUUUGUAUGCAGAAGGAGGCCUUAAGGCGGAAGGAAUAUUCCGGAUUAAUGCUGAGAAUAGCCAUGAAGAGUAUGUCCGAGACAAGUUAAACAAAGGUGUAGUACCACAUGGAAUUGAUGUCCAUUGCUUGGCAGGUUUGAUAAAGGCAUGGCUAAGAGAACUUCCUAGUGGAGUACUUGAUUCCCUCACACCAGAGCAGGUGGUGCACUGCAACACAGAAGAUGACUGCACUGAACUUGUGAAGUUACUUCCUCCAACAGAAGCUGCUCUACUUGACUGGGCUAUCAAUUUGAUGGCAGAUGUUGUGCAGCAUGAACAAUUCAACAAAAUGAAUGCACGCAACAUUGCUAUGGUGUUUGCACCAAACAUGACUCAGAUGGCUGAUCCUUUGACAGCAUUGAUUCAUGCUGUGCAAGUAAUGAACUUCCUCAAAACACUGAUCUUAAAGACACUUUGUGAAAGGGAGGAGUCAGCUGCUAAGGACAGGUUGCUGCCAUCAUGCUCAGAUUCUCCUACUGACAUAACUGACACCCAGAAUGCAACCGCAAACGGUGGGGUAUUCCGUGAGCAAGCUCUGGAUGCAUGUGCAUCCAAGGAACCUGCCACUGCUAAGUUCUUGAGGGCUGCCACACUGAGCAGACUGGAAUGUGGCCCUGAAGAGGAAUUAUGGAGCUUUAGGAAGAGUGAUGGAGAAGAGGAAUUCAAGUCACUUUCAGAUAACAGCACGCCAAAUGCAUGUGAAAUGGGGACUGUAGAAAAUGAAUGUAGAGGUGGAUAUGAUAACGGAGACCGGCUAAGUUUAAGAAAAGGUGUAAGGCGGCUAUGCAGGCACCCCGUAUUUCAGUUGAGUAAGUCGACUAAGAAGACACGAAAUCUGGGGAUUGUAAAUACUAGGGGAGGAGGUGGAGAAGCUUGGGCGUGAUACAUCCUUGACUCAUCCUGAAAUGUCUAUAUGUUACUUGUGGACCAUUGAGGUGAUUGCUGGUUGUGUAUGCGUUAUAAUGGUAUAGUUUUUAGUGUUUGAGAGAGAUUUAUAGUUUCUAGGAUAUGUUUGGAGGCACUAACUGAAGCUAUAGAUUAAAUGAUUUCCGAGAGGAACGCCUCUCCCAGUGUAUUUGUACUAGCUUUAUGAUGCGCAAUAAUAGUGUUGAGAAUUUUACAGA